UAAAACACACAAACAUCACUUGAAAAUGUCUUCAUCGACGCCGCUGAUAAUCGGAAGAGUGAUAGGAGAUGUGGUGGAUAACUUCUCGGCCACGGUGAAAAUGUCGGUGACGUAUAACUCCAACAAGCAUGUGUACAAUGGCCAUGAGCUCUUCCCCUCCAUAGUCACCCCCAAACCCAGGGUUGAGGUUCAUGGUGGUGACAUGAGAUCAUUCUUCACCUUGAUCAUGACAGACCCUGAUGUUCCUGGUCCUAGUGAUCCAUAUCUAAGGGAACACCUGCACUGGAUAGUCACAGAUAUUCCAGGCACCACUGAUGCUUCAUUUGGAAAAGAAGUAGUGAGCUACGAGAUGCCUCGUCCAAACAUAGGAAUCCACAGGUUUGUGUUCUUGCUGUUCAAACAGAAGAAGAGAGACGGGAUUAAGGCACCGAUUUGCAGAGAUCGAUUUAAUACGAGGAAGUUUGCUGAGGAUAACGAUCUCGGGCUUCCGGUUGCUGCUGUUUUCUUCAACUGCCAGCGUGAAACUGCUGCAAGAAGGCGUUGAUCAUCUUCAUCAAA